GGUUAGACUGUAAUGCGAAGUACAAACCCAAGCACGCUCAACGAUUGAUGGUAAUUCCAUUAAUGAAAUGAACCAAAUUUUACCUAAUUAAUGUGACGAUACAAAUAAUCAGGUUUUCGUGUAGACCGUUAAAAGUAGAUAUGUACUUCCUUUUGCUGACUUACGCACUGUGCGCACUUGCAACGGCAGAAAAGUGCAAAACGCCGAUGGGACAAUUAGGGAAAUGUGUCCCGAUAAGAUCGUGCUCGUCGCUUUUAUGGUCGUUUACUAAUCCGAAAUAUGGAAUCGACGAUACGUUGAAAAAGUUUGUGUGUUCCGAUAAUGAUUCGGGUUUAAAGGUGUGUUGUCCAGAACCUAGUGAUUUUUUGGUUUUUGAAAAUGAAGACCUCGAGGUCAACGAGGACGAUCCUAAAGGACUGACGAAUAGUAAAAAGUGCGGCAUCGCUCGCAAUGACACGAGCUUUCCUUGGCUGGUUCAAAUAAUGACCGUUGACAAUAGGCUCCACGAAGAGAAUAGGGUUGAAAAAGUCGCUUGUACCGGAGCUCUCAUCAACAGGAGAUAUGUGCUCUACUCUGCGCAAUGCCACCAUAGCGUUAUACUGAACGAUCCAAACUUCUUCGUACGAAUCAACGCACACGAUGCAAAAAAUGAAUGUAAGACAACCAGAUACUCGCCAGGGUGUAGCGGUUUCGAUAAUUACGAAAUUGAAGUUUUCACCAUUCAUCCCUUCUACGACAGUGAAACGAAACUAAACGACAUAGCCAUACUGAGAUUGAGUAGGCGAGUAAUUUUUUCAGAGUCCCUUAAACCUAUUUGCUUGCCCCUACCCUCUGACCGAUUAAAAUCGCCACAAGAGUUAUAUACUGCGGGUUGGAAUCGAACCUUCCAGAGGAGCGACGUUUCGCUUCAACGAAUGCACAAGUAUCGAUAUAUUUCUAAUGAAGAAUGCGCCACCGGAUACCCCACCACGAGCUACGAGAUGUGCACUACCACUGACGAUCAACUGGAAGAUCACUCCAUUGGGUUUCCAGCCAUGUCUUUACAGAACAAUCGAUGGUAUCUCCUUGGAUUUCAGUCUCAGGGUGAACGAAUCAAAACGUAUACCCGCGUAUCGAAUUACUUGCAAUGGAUCCAAGAAGCGAUGGGUGGAGAACGGUGCCACACUCCGUACAACGAAACGGGCGAGUGCAUGCACCUUGUCGACUGUCCCAAGCUAAACGACGCGUUCGCCAAUGCCUCACCAAGCAACGUAGAUGCCUUAGAGGAUUUCGUCUGCGAAUACGAAUAUGAAGAUUCCGAUGGAGACUUCUACACGCUGAAAGUAUGUUGUGGAAUUGAACCGAAUUUUAAAAUCCCUCCCGAAACUCCGGACGUGAACCUUGAAAUUUCCAAUUUUAAAUACUGCGGGCUACAGCACAGAGACGACUACUACUUAUCAAGCGAUCUCAUAUCAGUAGACGAAUUUCCGUGGUUAGCCGUAAUUGUCAACGCAACUUUGCCCGAUCAAAGGGACGCCAUUUGUGGAGGAACUUUAAUAACGGAACGAUACGUCCUCACCUCUGGACAGUGCGAUUCGCAGUUUUACGAAGACGACAAGAUAAUGGUACGUCUGGGCGAUUACACCCUCAAAAACCUAACCGAUUGUGUCCAAUUAAAUCAAUUCGAUUUGCUCGACUGCAGUGACGUUCAGGAAUACGAGGUGGAAGAAGAAAUCGUUCACCCAUUCUAUAAUAGGUUUACUUUCAUCAACGAUAUCGCACUUUUACGACUUGACAAACGAGUCUCACUUACUGACUAUGUACGUCCCAUUUGCCUCCCAAAAUCCCAAGAGGAUCUCGCAACGUACGGGGAGACAUUAUACACGACGGGCUUUGGAUCGAACAAAAUGGGGACGGAUAGCAGUACCAUUAAGAAGAAGAUUCGCACAACUCUAAUUCCGAUCGAAGUUUGCAAGGAAAAGCUGAAACUGCUCAGCUUAAUAACUCCACUAACCGCUUACCAAAUUUGCAGUGAAGACUUUAAAAACUCGACGGAUGUCACGUGCUUCGGAGAUGAAGGUGGACCGGUGAUGCAUUCGAAGAAGCAUCGGUGGUUUAUUGAGGGAAUAUCUUCAAGUUACGGAUGUGGGAAUGAUCAGCCGCAGACUCAUUUAAAGGUGUUCAAAUAUUUAAAGUGGAUUAGGUUUAAUGUUAGAGAUUAAUUGAUGCCUUGCUUAAAGAA